AUGUCGUCUUCUGAACUGAUUGUCCCUUCAACUCCAAGAGGUGGUUCUGAAUCGUCAUCAUCGCCAAUACCAGGCUCAUCACAAGCACCAGAAAUUGUUGCCCUUCGAAUCACGUACGAAAUUCCAGAAUCCAAUCUCUCCGAACUUGAAACCAAUCAAUCUCCUUUCGUGAGAGUCACUUAUUGUUAUCCUUCCGAUACAUCGGUUCAACAAAUUAAAAAGAUAUUUAUUUCCUAUUUAUUAGCCAAACGAUAUCUUCCAUCGAGUGUGAUUCAUGAACAUUUAAUGGAUUCCUUGAUCGAUCAAUAUCGAUUGGCUGUCGGUAAAGAAUUAUUGGUCGAUAAAAAAACAUUACAGGAAAAUCGAGUGAUGGAAAAUGGAAAACCUUUGAGUGUUGUAUUGUGUCGAGUGGUGGCAUUGAAUGAUGGAAAUGGUGCAUCAGAUUCGAAUGAUGAGGAGGUUAUUAAUUUGUCGGAUUAUGUGGAACGUGAAACUGUCAAGCUCAAAAAGAAGCAUGUAGAUGUCAAGCUGAGAAUUCAAGAAAAAGUGGGUGAUCAAGUAUUGACUUGUGACAUUUCAUGUAAGAACAAUAAGAAAUUUGGUGUGAUUAGCAAAAUGUAUUGUCAACAUCGAAAUUAUAAUCCUGAUGAUUUUGUGUUUGCCACAAGUGUGAAUCACGUCUUGUUGAAGAAUGAGAAAUCCUUGUCGAGUAUGGGUAUGAACGAAUCAGGAACACUUUAUGUCAUUAAUGUGUAUCAUAAGGAUUUAGUUUCAUUCAAAUAA